CCAGGAGAAAAUCCCACCACACAACGUUCUCCAGGAGUGAAUCACAUUACACAAAUAAUACAUCAUAGAACUUAUCAUAUAGAGAGAUCCUGGGAUUUCUCUGAUCCUGAGGAUUCUUCUGAUGAUCCACAUACUAUUAUUAUUGAAUCUCACAGUACAGAUAAAUCAACAGAUCCAUCUAAUCCCGAGGAAUCUUCCUUAAACCAUGAAGGAUCUCACACAGGAGAACAUUCCUUGUCAUCUACAGGGUGUGGGAAUUCUUCCAAAGAAACCAGAGAGCCCCUUACACACCAGAAAAGUCAUAAGAGUGUGCGUACUUUCUCAUGUCCAGAGUGCGGGAGAUGUUUUAAUGUGAAAAGAAACUUUCUCAAUCACCAGAGAACUCACACAGGUGAGCGUCCUUUUUCAUGUUCAGAGUGUGGGAAAGGUUUCAUUCAGAAAUGGGUCCUUCUUGUUCACCAAAGAAGUCACACGGGUGAAAGUCCUUUUUCAUGUUCAGAGUGCGGGAAAUCUUUCCCUAAGAAAACACAACUUGUUUUCCACCAGAAAAUUCACAAGAGCGAGAGUCCUUAUUCUUGUUCAGAGUGCGGGAAAAGUUUCAAUCUGAAAAGAGGUCUUGUUAAUCACCAGAGAAUUCAUACUGGAGAGCGUCCUUUUUCAUGUUCAGAGUGUGGGAAAUGUUUCCACGUAAAAGCAAAUCUUCUUACUCACCAGAGAAUUCACACAGGCAAACGUCCAUAUUCGUGUUCAGAGUGCGGGAAAACUUUUGUUCGGAAAGACGUACUUAAUAAUCACCAGAGAAUUCACACCGGCGAGCGUCCUUUUUCAUGUUCAGAAUGCGGGAAAUGUUUCCACGAAAAAGGAAGCCUUCUUAAACACCAGAGAAUUCACACGGGCAAACGUCCAUAUUCGUGUUCAGAGUGUGAGAAAUGUUUCAGCGAAAAAGGAAACCUUCUUCAACACCAGAGAAUUCAUACGGGCAUACUUCCAUAUUCGUGUUCAGAGUGCGGGAAAUGUUUCCACCAAAAAGGAUACCUUCUUAAACACCAGAGAAGUCACACGGGCAAACGUCCAUAUUCGUGUUCAGAGUGCAGGAAAACUUUUGUUCAGAGAGAAGGACUUCUUCUACACCGGAGAGUUCACAUGGAUGAACAAAGGAAACCUUCUCCAACACUUGAAAAUUAACACGGGUGAGCGUCUUUAUUAUUGUGUAGAAUGCAGGAAAUCUUUCCCUAUUGUGUAGAAUGCAGAGAAAUUUCUUAUACACCAGAGAAGUCACACGGGGAGCGUCCUUAUGCAUGUUCAGAGUGCGGGAAAUGCUUCAGUCAAAAAAGUGCCCUUGAUCGACACCAGGGAAUUCACAUGGACUAACCACCUUUUUUUUAUGUUUAGACGGACCAAUGGGGAGUGUGAGAUUGUGUGUCCUUCCUUAUAGUCAGAAUGUAUAAAAUGUUUCUGUUAAAGAAAAUCCCUUCUUGGAUCCCAGAAUAUUCAUAAAGACUAAUAAAGUUUUUGUGUUCACAUUGGCUUAUUUGGAGGCGUGGCCAAAGUACAUUGUACUAUGAUGUCAUAGUUAUAGAUCUGCAGGGAUUGAAUUAUAGUAAUACGAUCCUCUAAACAAUGCUGACUUGGUCCCGCACUCACACAGGCCCCACCAUAGAGUACGACAACCCAUGGACCAUACUUUUUAUUGGUUGCUAUUAGCCAAUAUACUGUACAUCUUUUUUCUUUACUGAAGGAACUAACUUUUUAUUGGACCGACUAAAGUCAAAUUAUUUUUGAAUUCAAAUUUUCUUUUUCUUCAGCUAUGCAAGAUUUAAUUUAGAUUAUCUUUUGUGUGUCAAUAAUGUAAUCUGAUUUUCUAUAAUAAACAAGAAAGCUCUACUCUA